AGCGCGCGGGUUGAUUCGUCCUUCCUCAGCCGCGGGUGCUCGCAGCUCGGAAAUGGCGGGAUUUGGUGCUAUGGAGAAAUUUUUGGUUGAGUACAAGAGUGCAGUGGAGAAGAAACUGGCAGAGUACAAAUGUAACACCAACACAGCAAUUGAACUAAAAUUAGUUCGUUUUCCUGAAGAUCUUGAGAAUGACAUUAGAACUUUCUUUCCUGAAUAUACCCAUCAACUCUUUGGGGAUGAUGAAACUGCUUUUGGUUACAAGGGUUUGAAGAUCCUGUUAUACUAUAUUGCUGGUAGCUUGUCAACAAUGUUCCGUGUUGAAUAUGCAUCUAAAGUUGAUGAGAAUUUUGACUGUGUAGAGGCAGAUGAUGUUGAGGGCAAAAUUAGACAAAUCAUCCCACCUGGAUUUUGUACAAACACAAAUGAUUUUCUCUCUUUGCUGGAAAAAGAAGUUGAUUUCAAGCCAUUUGGAACCUUACUCCAUACAUACUCUGUUCUCAGUCCAACAGGAGGGGAAAACUUUACCUUUCAGAUAUACAAGGCUGACAUGACAUGUAGAGGCUUUCGAGAAUAUCAUGAAAGGCUUCAGACCUUUUUGAUGUGGUUUAUUGAAACUGCUAGCUUUAUUGACGUGGAUGAUGAAAGAUGGCACUACUUUCUAGUAUUUGAGAAGUAUAAUAAGGAUGGAGCUACGCUCUUUGCGACCGUAGGCUACAUGACAGUCUAUAAUUACUAUGUGUACCCAGACAAAACCCGGCCACGUGUAAGUCAGAUGCUGAUACUGACUCCAUUUCAAGGUCAAGGCCAUGGUGCUCAACUUCUUGAAACAGUUCAUAGAUACUACAUUGCAUCUCCUUCUGUUCUUGAUAUUACAGCGGAAGAUCCAUCCAAAAGCUAUGUGAAAUUAAGAGACUUUGUGCUUGUGAAGCUUUGUCAAGAUUUGCCCUGUUUUUCCCGGGAAAAGUUGAUGCAAGGAUUCAGUGAAGAUAUGGCGAUAGAGGCACAACAGAAGUUCAAAAUAAAUAAGCAACAUGCUAGGCGGGUUUAUGAAAUUCUUCGACUGCUGGUAACUGACAUGAGUAAUGCUGAACAAUACAGAAGCUAUAGACUGGACAUUAAAAGAAGACUGAUUAGUCCGUAUAAGAAAAAGCAGAGAGAUCUUGCUAAAAUGAGAAAAUGUCUCAGACCAGAAGAACUGACAAACCAGAUGAACCAAAUAGAAAUAAGCAUGCAACAUGAACAGCUGGAAGAAAGCUUUCAGGAACUUGUGGAAGAUUACCGACGUGUUAUUGAACGCCUCGCUCAAGAGUAGAGAUUAUUUGGCUCUGUACAGGAAGUUUGCAAAUUUCUGUACGUUGUGUUGUGGAAAAUCUGAUGAUGACUUUAAUUUUAAACUCUUGUAACAUUUACUUACAUUAAAAGUUAUCUAUCUUUAGUUGAAUAUUUUCUUUUGGAGAGAUUGUAUAUUUUAAAAUACUGUUUAGAGUCUAUGAGCAUAUAUUACAUUUUAAAAAAAUAUAUAGCUUCUGAAAUACCACUGCAGUUGCUUCCCUUCUUAACAGUAUAAUAAAUGCUUAGUUGUGAUAUGCUAA